CUCCUUUCUCCCAAAUUUUUCUUCCCACUAGAGCAGAGUCUAGCUUAGGAUAUCCAUGAAGCUUGAAGUAACCUUCAUCGCGUUAAUUUUGGCUUGGAUUACAACCGCUUGCCACCACCAUCACAAAGGCGAUGCUCAUGAAUACAACUUAGACCAUCGCGAUGACCACCCUAAGCAUCAUAAAACCUGUAGACUAUAUCCAGCUGGUAAUGGAACGGAUGACACGCCAAAUAUACUAAAAGCUUUCCAGCAUUGUGGUGUUAAUGGCACGAUUAUUUUCACAAAUCACACCUUCCAAAUCGACCAAGUCAUGAACACCACCAAUUUGUACAACUGUGAUGUCCACAUUCAUGGAACUCUUCUCUGGUCCACAAACAUUACAUACUGGGUAAACAACUUGUUGCCCGUUCAAUUCCAGAACCUCUCUACCAGUUGGUUAUUUGGCGGAAAAAAUGUUCGACUUCAUGGGUACGGCCAUGGCACCCUAGACGGCAAUGGACAAGUGUGGUACGACUGGAAUCAAAAUAGAACAAAUGCACCAGGCAGACCAAUGACUUUUAUAGUUUACAAUUCGGAUAAUGUUAUCAUACGUGGAUUGAGGAUAGUGCAAGCGCAAUUUUGGUCCAUGCUGGUAACAACCUCAAAAAACAUUGUAAUCACCGACAUGUACGUUAAUAAUACAUCGAACUCGACCUCUACCACUGUCAAUACAGAUGGCAUCGAUGUGUGGCGCGCGGACAAUGUAACGAUAUCAAGAUGGAAUAUUACGUGCUUCGAUGAUGCCGUUGCAAUCAAGGGGAACUCCUCAAACAUAUACGUUUCUGAUAUUUAUGCCUAUCGCACGACCGGCUUUGCUAUCGGCUCGAUUGGUCAGUAUGCUGAACGGCCUGACUAUGUAACAAAUGUCACCAUGGAGAGGAUUACACUUGAUGACGGCCUCAGUUAUGGCGCCUUUGUAAAAACUUGGUCUGGAGUGUCUAGCGGGGUAGCACCGAACGGUGGUGGCGGUGGCGGCGGACACGUGCAGAAUGUCACCUUUCGCAAUUUCAACAUAUCAUGUCCUAUCCCAAUCGUCGUGACCCAGUGCACGUUUUAUGCUACUAAAGGCAACCCUCGCAAGUGUGAUACAUCCAAGUUGAGCAUUGACAAUGUUACCUGGGAAAACGUCACAGCGUUAGCAACAAAUGAUUUCGCAAACAUCCACUGUUCCUCGGCCGCCCCGUGUAAUUUGAGGUGGUCCAAUGUAAACAUAACAUCGACUUGGAAGCCAGCAUCCGUUCGAUGUGCAAAUAUUGCAAACCAGAACUUGACGGGCAUAGAAGGCUCUAAUAUCCCAUGCCAAGAAUGGUCAAACGACUAGGUUUCACAUCACCCUGCUAUAUACCAGCACAUUGAGGAUGGCUAAUAUUUAGACAAUGCCGCCUAUGUUUCUUUACAUGUAUUCUUUGUUUGUUUUAAUGUUGUAGUAUCAAAUGAAAAAAUCUUCCCCAAGCUUUGGUUAAUAUAUUAUGCCUUUUAAUCUCUUGACCAUUUGAGAUAUUUGGGGCAUUUGGCGACCGU